GUGUAUCACGAGGGAGACUCAUUACAACGAAAGAAUCGUGUCAUCAUGGCCGCAGUUCGAGUAUUUAUAUUUCUUCUGAUCUGUUGGACAGCAUCUGCAGCAUCAGUGGAUGAGAAAUAUGGUCAUAUAACUGCAGAGGGCACAUGCCCGGAUUUAUGGUACCCAUACAACGGCUAUUGCUACAAGUAUUAUGAAUGCGAAAUGGAAUGGACCAUGGCGGAGGCACAAUGCCUCACCGACAGCCCUACUGCCCAUUUGGCCUCAAUUCACAGUUCAGAGGAAAACGAUUUUGUGUUCGCAUUUCAAGGCGGCCUAAAUAAUAUUUGGAUUGGUUUUAAUGAUAGAGCACAGCAAUAUACAUGGGAAUGGUCUGAUGGUAGUCCGGUAGACUACACGAAUUGGCACUCAGGGGAACCCAAUAACAGCUGUGGACUACUUUGUGAAGAAAAUUGUGUCGAGAUGCAAGUCGGGUCUGAAUUCAACGAUAAGUGGAACGACGAAGACUGUACAACAAAAAAUCGUUUUGUGUGCAAGAUGGAGUGGAUAACCGGACCAUAAACAGAUGAAUAUUUUGGCGCCGAUUCGACUUGGAUUCGAAUAAACCAACUGCGUAUAUAUUCAAUGGACUCAAGUUAUCUAGACUUCUAACAAUUUAUUUAAUCGAUAUUAAUAAUUUUGUCAAGAUAAAUGUUGUUUAAUUUUAAAAAA